AUGUCAUUGCCUGCUUCUUUUGAUCUUACUCCAGAAGACGCCACUUUGUUGUUGGCUGCUAACGCUCACUUGGGUUCCAAGAACGUUCAAGUCCACAACGAGCCAUACGUUUACAAGACGAGACCAGAUGGUGUCAACGUCAUCCACAUCAACAAGACCUGGGAGAAGAUUGUCUUGGCCGCUAGAAUCAUUGCUGCCAUUCCAAACUACUCCGAUGUUGUUGCCGUCUCUUCCAGAACCUUUGGUCAAAGAGCUGUCUUGAAGUUCGCUUCGCACACUGGAGCCACUGCCAUUGCCGGCCGUUUCACCCCAGGUUCUUUCACCAACUACAUCACCCGUUCUUUCAAGGAGCCAAGAUUGAUCAUUGUCACUGACCCAAGAACUGACGCCCAAGCCAUCAAGGAGGCUUCCUACGUCAACAUCCCAGUCAUUGCUUUGGCCGACACCGACUCCCCAUCCGAGUUUGUCGACGUUGCCAUUCCAUGUAACAACAAGGGUAAGCACUCCAUUGGUCUGAUCUGGUACUUGUUGGCCCGUGAGGUUCUGCGUAUCCGUGGUACUUUGCCAAAGAGACCCGAGCCAUGGUCCAUCAUGCCAGAUUUGUACUUCUACAGAGACCCUGAAGAAUCCGAGCAGGUUGCUGAGGAGGAAGCUGAGGUCGAAGAGACCGUUGAAGGCCAAGCCGAAGCUGCUGAAGAGUGGGCUGCCGAAGCUGCCGAGGAAAACUGGACACAAGAAGACUGGGCUGCUGAGAGUGCUGAGCCAGCCGCUGCUGCCACCGUCGCUGGUGAAUGGUAA